AUGGAUCCCGAGGCGGCGGGGGACGAACUGUCCCGCUUGCGCUCCCUGUUCCUGGCGUGCGACGCCAACGGCUCGGGCCGCAUCGAGCGGAGGAUUCGCGCACUGUGCGCCGAGCUGCGUGCGCCGGCCGAGGCGAGGGCCAUCUUCAGCGCCUCGACAGCGACCGGCGACGGGGCCAUCACCUUCCCGGAGUUCGCCCGUGGCUUCCGCGGCGCCACGCGGCGGCAGCCCGGCGGCGGCGAGCCUGCGGGCGAGGAGCGAGGGGAGGAGACGGCCGCGUGGGUCGCCGCGGGGCUGGAACAGCCCUGGAAGGACUUCGAGGUGCGGCUCGGAGACGAGGCGAGGUACAUCCCCAGACAAGAGCAGGUCAGUGUUCUGUAUCAGAACAUACACAUAGCGGAACCAAGAUUAAUCCAGUCAUAUGAGCGUGUAAUUAAGAACUUCAUCCGAGAGAUCAAACUUCAAAGCACAGAGAUGGAAACUUUGGCCAUAGCAGUAAAAAGAGCUCAGGAGAAAGCAGCAGUUCAGCUAAGUGAGCUAGAGGAAGAGAUGGAACAACGGAUACAAGCUGCAGAGCAUAAAGUUAAAAAGGAAGAGAAGCGAAAAGCUGAAGAAGCGCUAAAUGAGCUGAAGCGUCAGUAUGAUACUGAAGUUGGGGAUCUUCAGGUGACAAUAAAAAAGCUUAAAAAGCUGGAGGAGCAAUCCAAAAACAUAAAUCACAAGGAAGAUGUGGGUGAACUGAAAAAAAGAAUGCAUGAUAUGUUCUUGGAAAAUCAGAAACUUAAGAAAGAUCUUUUAGAAGCACAGACAAAUAUAGCUUUUCUACAGAGUGAAUUAGAUAGCUUGAAAAGCGAGUAUGCAGAUCAGUCUUUGAACACUGAGAGAGACCUAGAAAUUAUCCGAGAAUAUACUGAAGACAGAGAUAAUCUGGAAAGACAAAUUGAAAUACUGCAAUCAGCUAAUAGAAAGUUACAUGACAGCAAUGAUGGUUUAAGAAGUGCACUUGAAAACAGUUUCAGCAAGUACAACAGAUCAUUGCGAUUAGCAAACACCUCACCAGGAAGUACCAAUUCUAGAAGCAGUCCUAAAUUUAAUGGUGGACAUUCUCCUUUAAAUCUACGGUAUGACAGGUCAUCUCAUUCGUCUUGUGUGGAUGACGAUUUUGAUUCUUUAGCCGUUUGCGAUCCUAUGCAAAGGAUAAACUGUGAAGUUGACAGCUUACCUGAGAGCUGUUUUGACAGUGGUUUGUCUACCUUGAGAGAUUCAAAUGAGUAUGAUUCAGAAGUGGAAUACAGGCAUCAAAGGAUUUUUCAAAGGUCACAGUGUAUGCAAGAAGGCCUUGGUGGUGAUGCUUCUGAUACAGAUGUUCCAGAGAUCAGGGAUGAAGAAGCGUACAGUCCUGAUAACAGUACUGCAGUAUUAGACUGGAAGCCCUCACGACCAGUAAGUCGAAGCAGCUCAAUUGCUUCAACAAGGAAAUACAUAUCUGCUCUCACUCCCCAGUCAGAUGCAACCGAAUGCACUCUAAAAUACCCCAGUUCAGAGAAGGCUUACAAGAUUGUUCUUACUGGAGAUGCAGCAGUGGGAAAAUCCAGUUUCCUUAUGAGACUUUGCAAGAAUGAAUUUCGAGGCAAUACCAGUGCAACUUUGGGUGUGGAUUUUCAAAUGAAAAGACUAAUUGUUGAUGGAGAACCUACAGUGCUACAACUGUGGGACACAGCAGGGCAGGAGAGAUUCCGAAGUAUUGCUAAAUCAUACUUCAGAAGAGCAGAUGGUGUCUUGCUACUGUAUGAUGUAACAUGUGAAAAAAGCUUUCUUAACGUGAGAGAAUGGAUGGAUAUGAUUGAGGAUGCAACUCACGAGAAUAUUCCAAUUAUGAUGGUGGGAAACAAGGCAGAUCUCCGUCAAGCUGUUACAGAACAAGGGCAAAAAUGUGUGCCUGUAAACUAUGGAGAAAAGCUGGCUAUGACUUAUAAUGCGCUAUUCUGUGAAACAAGUGCUAAAGAUGGAUCUAAUAUUGUAGAAGCAGUUCUUCAUCUUGCUCGUGAAGUGCGAAAACGAAGUGAUAAUCAAGAUGAUACGAGGUCAGUAACCAGCCUGGCUGGGACACCUGUCAAAAAAUCGGCACUGACAAAAAACUGUUGCAAUGUUUAAGAGACACAUAAUUUUCCUGUCUUAAAUAACUUGUGUAUUAAAAAGAACCAAAACCAAACAACAAAAACCAAACCAACAACCAAGCCAAAAUAUUUCAAUAAUGUUUCCUUUUAAUUGUGGAUUUAUACAUUUGUGUUUAGAAAUUGUGCAUUAUGUUAAAAAUCUGGACUCUACUUUCUAUUCAUUCAUAUUUGUACAAUUGCUUCACUCCAUAGACUCCGGUUUCACUUGUCUGAAGUAAUAUAAUAUAAUGAAAUGAGCUCAGAAUAAGUGCUGCAGUGGUCACAGCAUACAACAUUGCAAUACAUGUUGUUGUCUGUACCUGCUUGUUUCUCUAUGGCGUGAGUAUUUCAGAACUUAGUAGUAUCAUAUGUCACUCAUAGGUAAAGAGAAAAUUACAGCUUUAAUUAAUCUUUUUGCUCAUGUCUGUUUAUCUAGUUUUUGAGGCCUUCAGUUACGUGUUGAGGAAACAUUUCUUGAGAAAACUCCAAACCAUUAAAAGGCUGCCCAGGUCCAUGUAAACCCUAAGUUUAGGGCAUGAAGCAGAAUGAUCUCUGUCGGGAGAAGACAGUGGCAGGUGCAUGGGGUUCUGGUGUACUUUCUCAAAAGCUGGUGAGUUAGAAUGUGUUUUGUUUUGGGAGUUGGGGUUUGUUUCAGAACGGAGAAGUAUACUUUGCAUCUGAUCUGACACAGCUUGGAGGUGAAAGAAGCAUUUGUGUGGACUGUUACCAUUCAAAAUUCCAGAGAGAAUGUAACAUCUGUUAUAUUCAUUGCUGAAAUGAAUUAAUGAUCCAACCUGCCUGUUUGUUUAGACUUUAUUAGUAUUACAAAGUGAUAGGGAUUGUAAUUUUCCCCUUGUUUUUUCAAAUGUCUUCCGUUCAGUCAAUAAUUGAGGGAUUGUAAUAAUACAUAGGAGUCUGAUUUAAUGGAUUUUUUAAUCAUUUUAAAAGUUUUAAACUAUGUGAAAGAAUUGCUGCACAUGCACGAGCAUCUGUAUAAGCUGUUCAUUAAAAGAAGAUCCUGAAAUGAACAGCAACCACUUACCUUAAUGAGAAUUCCUUUGCCUGAUUUUGGGAAAGUUCUGAGAAACUCAGCAGGGGGUGGUAGCUUUAAGUGUCAGCAUCUCUAAAAACUGAGUUAUUAUUGCUUAAAAUAAUUCCAAAGAGUUCUACGGUAUAGUAAAAAUUGUAGGUAUUUAUACAGUUAUCUGUCAUGAUCCAGUUCUUCUUAGCUUUCACUAAUUUUGAUCAGAAUGGGAUCUUUUCAGAACCAACAGGUUUGUCUCCUCUGUAUCUAUUAAUAACACAUCUCCAGGCUAGCUCCGUAAAUCAACCUUGGAUAAAGUUUUAUGGACUGAUUGGAAACCCAUAUGACUAGCAGCAGUUACUGCAUUUUAUCAGCAUUGUAUUUGAACACUGUAUAGUCUGUAUUGUGUUACCUGUUGUAUAAAAUGUAGAGUUGUCAAAGACAGGAUGAUUCGUAAUUUGCAAAAAAAAAGUUUAAAGUAGGAAGAGCAGUGUUUUUAGGCAUCCUUUCAAACUCUUACCAGAGCAGUUAAUCCUCAGGUAAUUAUCUGGAAGUUUGUUCUUAACAAGAGAGAAGAAUCUAGUACUGGAAUGAAUAAGACAUUUUAUUUCACAGUAUAGUAAUUUAGCUCUAAAAGAGAAACAUAUUUGGUAGUUUGGGUUUUUUUUAAGUACUAAGAGAAUCUUCACACACUACUUUAUUCCAUGUGGGAGACUUCAGGGUUGUAGCGUAUUCCCACACAGCAGUACAAGAGGCCUCACUGUAGUCCUGAGACUUAUCUGGAGCUGAUGGCAGAGAACAAAGGACACUCAGGUGUAUGAGAAAUAUGCUUAGUCACAUACAUUUUGUCUGCUAUUAACCCUGUACUAUUUAAACAAGAAAGUUACAGUUCCAGUUAGCUUUUCUGAGGAGAAAAACCAUGCUGAACUGACUGCAUUGAUGAGGGCGUCUUCUGUGUCCUUCUCUCUCUCCAUUAGUGAAAUUGAAGUAGUAUUAAUUGAUUGUAUUUGCUGAUAGUUCUUCCUGCAACAUUAGGGAGAAGAGAGGAAGAUGAUCCAGUGCUUGGUUUCUAAAGUGUGACCUUACAACAUGUACAUAUUAGCAUUUUCUCAGGAUAAGAAGGUAGUGAUUAUAAGUUUUCUGAAAAAUCCAUGUACUAAGAGCCUCAAAAAUAGUCAAGAGAGAGAAGAGCUAACUAAAACUUUCAUUCAAAUAAAAGGGAGAGUUCCUUGGGCAUUCCCCCAGUGAGGUCUCUCAACUUGACAGGGGUCGUAGCCUCUUUUAUCCACUCUGCCCAAAACUCAGGUCCCUCCCUGUUUCUCCAUUGAGUGAGGUAUUCCGGGGUUACAGACUUUCUGACAUGCCUACUACAUGUCCCCCAUUGCAUGCUCAUUAAGGGCUUUGAGGGUCCUCAACAUUUUCAAAAUGGAGGUUACUGCAUAUUUAUCCCUUGCUGCUGAUUGGUUUCCAUGUUCUGGGCACUGUGUUAUCUCAUGCUGGGCAACUACAUAACUUUUCUAUCCCCUACUACUAAGUUAACUGUGACUACUACAGACUUUGCAAGAACAUUCUACUUAUUCCUAAUAAUCCUCCCUUUUUUUUUAAAAUUAUGUUCUUGCAAAAGGGAGUACCAUUUUGUUAAUGGUUGUCUCUUGGUCUGCUUCAAUAUCUAAGGUUAAAGUUUCUUGAGAAUGAGUAGUUGGUAAUUCUCAUUUACACACUAUUUUCAGAGCCAUUAUUUUCUGUCCUUUAAUUGCUAUUUCAGGGUCAUUAGGCAUAGCCACUAUUUGCAUCCUCUUCAUCACAUAUGCAGUAAGUUGCAUAAGACAAGGAAUCAUACAAGGCAGGAAAAUUAAGGUAGCUUGCCUGCAAAAAACAAAGAAUAGUAUUUUCUUUAUUGCUGGUCCAACUGCAAGCCAUGAAAACAUAUCUAUGCCCCACUCCUUCCAAGAUUCAACUGGGACAUGGACUAACUUUCGGAUUUGUUUUGUUAUUUAUUUUACUGUUUUUCCAUUGUCAUCGAUUUGCAGGCAGCAAUUUGAGUUAUUUAAUUUUCCACAUACUCCACUUUCCACUGCUAACAAAAAAUCAAAAACCAUUUGGUGUUUAAAGUUGGCAGUUCUCAUUUGGGUUACUUGGUCUCCCAGCAAGUCUAAGACAUUAGCUGUUUGAUUGGCAAUAAUCUCUAAUAUAGCUUGGAGUCAAAUUAUAUGAUUUAAAUUAUAGAUGGGCUCUCUUGUUCCAUGAAUCAAUUCACGGGGGUUCCGUGAUAUUGUUAUCCUGUGGCUGUUAGCUGGGACAAAUGGGUUCGCACACAUUUUAUUGAUAUGGCUUCUGCCUUACAUAUGUAGGGUAAGAACUUGCAAGGAAGAGGGCGUAACUGAGGAGGAGUAAAGGAGGAGCAUGCAAAAUAGGAGGAUGACGCAACCAUAUAGGGAAGGGUUCUGCAAUGCAGCAAAGAUUUACCAGUGGGAGGGCAGGGUUCAAGACCAUGAGGGAUAAGGGAAUUUUCCAGAACUUACAGUCCACUGUAUAUAUCUAUAGGGGAUUACACAAUAAACUGAGAAACAUAAUGUGAAAUCCGAAAUGCUUAUUCUUAAACGGUUCAUAUCCAUUCAUACGAUGGUCUCAUCUUCGCAGGGAAUCUCGGGCUCAACACUUCUCUUCCAAUCUUCAUAUUCAUCUUCUCCCACAUUAUCCCAACAAGAAUCCUGAAAUACUUAUAGUGGUGGGCUGUUAGGAAAGGAAAAUGCUCUUUAUUUUCAAGUCCCGGAAGAUGAGGAACUCUGGGAUAGUCUCUUGUCCAGUGUAAACUGGGCACUUAAAGGACACUGUUGGAUCAACAGUGACCAACACACAUAUAGAAGAUUGCCUGAAAAUUGGACGAGGAAUUUGUUUUGUAGGAUGUAUUAAACCCUUAUUCUUUUUUUUUAAACCAUAUACAGUUUGGGAAUUAAAGUAUUGAUGAUUAAAAAAAAA